ACUCAAACACAAAGUGUGAAACAAACGUGGGGCAUAUUACAAGGCGACUCAAAAACAAGUUGUGAAACAAACGUGGGGCAUAUCACAAGGCGACUCAAAAACAAGUUGUGUAUACCAGUGUAUAUCGUGUGGCAGAGUGGAAGAAGUAUGUAUGGACUCAGGAACAUUUCGAUAGUUUUCAUUGUGUUAACAACGUUGCCAUAUUUUCUACAUUGUCAACAUGUCCUAAACAGCUACAACAAAACAAGACAAGAAGUCCUAAAGGCGCUCUUGAACGAAAGUAGAUAUGACUCCAAACUAUCUCCUGAGUUUGAGGACGAUAUCCCCACGAAUGUGACCAUUCAGAUUUACAUUAUGAGUAUCAACACACUAACCGAGGUUACCAUGGACUACACGAUGACGAUAUUCCUGCGCCAGAAGUGGGCGGACAAGCGUCUGGCAUACCAGCCAGUCAAGGGUAUGACUAUGUUGGAGCUUAACAGCCGUAUGAUAGAGAAGGUCUGGGUACCAGACACCAUUUUCUCUAACGAGAAGACAGCAAACUUUCACGAGGUGACAGUCCCGAACCGACUGAUGCAACUUUAUCCAAAUGGAACUGUGUUUUACAGUGUGAGGGUAUCGAUGACAUUAUCCUGUGACAUGAAGCUGGUGGCUUAUCCUUUGGACUCCCAGCAUUGCCUCAUCGCCAUCGAAAGUUACAGCUACUCCACGGAGAAUGUGGUAUUCCAGUGGCACCCUAACGAAGCUAUCCGGAUGAUGUCGGAUAGACUCCUCCCUCAAUUCUUCUUCUCUGAUGACGUAACAUUUGAAAGCCACUGUACAAGGACCUACGGUGAAAGUGGAACAUUUUCCUGUCUAGAGGCCAAACUUCAUCUUACCAGGAACAACGGCUAUUAUAUCGCACAGAUCUUCAUCCCAAGCAUCCUCAUCGUCGCGCUGUCUUGGGUCUCGUUCUGGGUGGACGCGGAGGCCACGCCUGCUCGAGUCUCAUUGGGUGUCCUCACAGUUCUCACCAUAACGACGCAGAGUUCCGGUGCACGCUCCGCCCUUCCGCGUGUGUCCUACAUCAAAGCAAUCGACGUAUGGAUGUCUACCUGUCUAAUAUUCGUAUUUGCCUCCCUCCUCGAAUAUGCAUGCGUUAACGUUCUGACACGUAAACGUCGCUCCAGAAUGAUGUCUGCUCUCCAGCUUGAACCAGAUGGCAUGUUGGUGACUAAGAGUCUUCCUGCAACGAACAUCCGGAAGUCGGGUAUGGUGGUAUUCGGCCAUUCUAAAAAAGCAAAGAUGGUAGAUAAAAUAUCACGAGUUACCUUCCCUGCCACGUUCGUAAUAUUCAAUGUGGGAUUUUGGACCUAUUUCAAACUUCACAAUCCAGGCUAAGACGUAAGCAAGGACAACUAACGAUUUACCUUUUUUUAUUAUGAUAUACCUGCGUCAACCAUUGUGCGGUUGAUAAGUUUGGUAUCGCUGCAUAACUGUGUGUACUUUGGGAAAGAGAGCUGAUAAGUUGUUACGGCCUGCCCAGCUCCAUUAGACUUUAAACAAUAGAACAUGAUUUGACUGCAUUUAACUCGCCUUAAAUUCAAGCAAUCCAUAAGAUUUUUGGCUUGGCAGAUAGCUAUAUGCAAGCACAACUAUGGACGUAUUAUGACGGGCCAACUGGAAUUGAUGCGGAAAGAAACUAAACGUGAAACCUUGUUUAUCAACUUAACUUAAACAAUUGUUAACUUUAUGCCUUGACCUUUUGUAAAUGUAGUAGAUUGUUUACGAAAUAUAUCCAUCGGAACGGUAUCACCUUCCAGACCACGAGAACUCUUGUUUCUCCAAAGAGUAAUACCAACUUCGCGCGUCUACGCCAAUAAGAGUACUUAGUGGAAGUUGAUGAAACAUGUAUUGCAAUUGUUUUAAAAGAAAUAAAGUGGUAAAAUGGUUCAACGUACAAUUACUUACAAAGUCUAUGCAUGUUUUGGAAUUUCAUUAUUGUAUGUAAACAUCAUUUAAAUAUGAUAACAUUGAUUGUAUAUAUUUUAAGCAUAGUAGAUAUUUGAUUCAUUAUUUCCCUCGUUGGUUUUGAUAACACAUUUGGUAAUUCGAGUGAGUGAGAUGUUUACCUGUAUCCAUUACUUGUAUAUAGUUGUCUUUCUUACUUAUAUAAAUGAGCAUAUAUGAUUGUUUUGUCCUUUACCUUUUAUUAAAGUAACAAUCAUCAGUGUCAAAAACCUGAUAUGUAAUACAAAAU